AUGUCGCACUGGGCAACGGGCAUUUUGGACCCUGAGCUGUCCUUGAUGAGCCAGCUGCGUGUUGUGACCAUCCUUCCUGCCGUAUCUGCCUCCCUCAGUGAGUUGCAAGAUGAUGUUGAGGUUCCUCGCAUCGAGCUCCAACCACAUCCCAUUAUCAUGGAGGUCAUCAACAAAGCCAAUGCUGAGAAUCGCAAGCCUGUCGUCUCAGAUUUGGGCAAUAAAGCCGAUGACCCCACCUUUUUGGACGAGCUACAGCGCGUCAUCCAACGUUGGGUUCAUGACAUGCAAAAAAUCACUCACCUGCAGCGUGAUUGCUCAACGGGAUCGGCCCUUCAAGAAGUGAGCUUUUGGCUCAACUUGGACCAAGCUUUGCAAGAGCUUCAUGCGCAGCGCGAAUCGGUCAUGGUUGGCUUUACCUUGGAAGUCCUCAAGCAUGCCCGCCGCUUUCAUGCCACUGUCAGCUUUGAUUCAGACAUUGGCUUGAACAAGGCUUUGGAGACCACCAGCGAUUAUAGCUCCCUCAUGCGCGGCCUCAACCAUCCCCUCAGCUUUCUUAUGCGCUCGACCGAUCUCGACGCCAUUUACAAGGCCAUCUUUGAGAUCUUUGCCAACCUCCGCAAGCUGCGCAAGUCACAGUAUCCCGUUGCACGCGCCGUUCAGUUUGUGCAGGCCAUCUCGCGGGAUCUCUCCAAUCGCACCCGCAUCAUCCUGCAAAGUCGUGACCUUCUUCGCAUGGCCUACGACGACUUUAUGCGCGUCCUCGACCACUGCUUCAAGAUUUUCAAGCGAUGGGACGAGGAGAUUGAACAAAUCCGCACCAUGUUCCGCGACAAGCUCAAAAGUCGCCGCGAUAGCUCCCUCAAGACGCUGCGCAAGGUCGAGUCCCAUCAUGAGGGUCUACAGCAGCGCAUCAAGGACCUCAGCCGCUUCCGUCAACAGCACGAACAGCUUCUGUCUGUUAUUUUGCGCGUCUUAAAGCCCACGGCCAUACAGCGCGCGGGCGCCGAAAGUGAUCAAGAGGAUCGCUUCGCGCUUUCGGAGGUCAACGCAGCCUAUGAUGCCAUUACUCGCUUCGAGCCUCUGGAUCUCAGUGAGACGGGCACGCACGAGUGGAACGCUGCGAUGGGCGAUUACCAAGUGCGCAUCGAGCAAGUGGAGAAACGUAUCGCAUUGCGAAUGCGUGAUCAGCUGGGCGUGGCGCGCUCCGCCAACGACAUGUUCCGCAUCCUUGGACGUUUUGAGGUGCUCUUCAACCGACCCAGCGUACGCGAGGCUGUGUCCGAUUUCCGUUCUCGGCUCCUGGCUCGCGUGUCUGAGGAUAUUGCCAAGCUCAAAGCCAUCCAUGAGGUGCGCUACAUCAAUACCAACAAUUUCACCAUGUCUCUUGUGCGUGACAUUCCGGCCGUCUCGGGUCGUGUCAUCUGGUCCCGACAGCUUGAUCGCCAGGUUGAGUUUUAUCUGAAGCGCCUAGAGCAGGUCUUCAGUCACCACUGGAACGCCAGCGAGGAUGGCCGGCAACUUAAACAAGUCGCCGAUGCCUUUCGCGAGGAACUCGAUGCUGAUGCCAUCAUCCAGGAGUGGGCCCGCGAGACGGAAUCGAGGAAUAUGGACCCUGGGCGCAGUGCCCUCACCAUUUUCAAGAAGGAGGACCAAACCUUCGAGCUCCGUGUGGACUUUCCCGAAGCUGCUCUGAACAUGAUCCGCGAGGUGCGCGUACUCCGCAGCCUCAACUAUCGCCUGCCCCUCAAGCUGACUUCUAAGAUGAUCAGCCGCCAGGGAUUCUCGGGCCUCAGCUCGCUACUCGCCACUAACCUCAAAACGUACAAGCGUGUCAUCGCCGUCAUUGAGGCCAACCCCACAAUUCAACCUCUCCUGGCCCGCCAGCACGAGGAAUUGCAUACCCAAAUCUCUGGCCUCUUGGCCGUCUCCUGGGAGCACUUCAAGGUCGAGGCAGCCAUCAAAGACUUUUGUUCAAACGUGCUCAUUUUCCAGGACAAGGUGAAUAUGGCACUUGACAUUGCGGAGCAGCUGGAGAAGCUGGUGCAGAGCGUUGCUACCUCGGAAUAUCGUAGCAACGUUUUGCUCAAAAUCAUCGAGCGAAUGCAACACCUCAUCGAGGAGCUGCAGAAGCGCGGCUACGUGAACCUCAACGACUGGCUGGCCCGCUUGGAGGACCGCCUUGAACAACAGCUCGCCAAUGUUCUCGCCACUGCCUUGCGUGAAUGGUGUGUGGCUCUGCGCGAGUAUGAUCAUGAAGCCCUGGCUCGGGGACCUCGCGCUCGCCGUGGUAGCAAGGCCCCGCGCCGCAUCAUUGCCCCAAUCCUGCUCGAGAUUGCCAUGUACCAGGAGAAGUUGCGCAUCGAGCCGCCACCCCAACACACGCGUGCCGCGCUGCUGCGUCAACUACAGAAGCAUGUGGCCGUGGUCACCACGCUGCCCCGCGUGCGCUCGACAGACGAUGAAGUAGCCGUGACUGCUGCCAUGGGCGUUGUGGCCCCCUCUCUUGGCGAGCGAACGUACUGCGGCUUGCUCACCAAGCUCCCCAACGGCAACCGCGACUUGGCAGACACUUAUCGUACCAUCGAUCAAACCGUCAUGGCCGUGGACGAGUACAUGCAGGUCUGGCUGCAAUAUCAAGCGCUGUGGGACAUGUCGACCGAAGAUAUCGAGAACGAGCUUGGGGACGAUAUUGCUCUCUGGAACGAACUCCUUGUCGACCUUCGCAACGCUCGCCGCACGUUUGAUACUGCCGAGACGAGCAAGUUCAUUGGGCCCGUCGAGGUGGACUACGGCCAAGUUUUGACGCGCGUCAAUAUGAAGUAUGAGGCUCUGCACCGCGAAAUGCUCGCCAAGUUUGGCUCCAAGAUUGGCGGUCGCAUGAAUGAGUUUUUCAGCACCAUCCAGCGCACGCGACAGACCCUCGAGGGCAUGGGCAUUGACGGCGUCUCCACUGGGGAAGCCGUCAGCUUUAUUACAACUUUGCAAGAUACGCGCCGCCGCAUGCAUCAAUGGGCCGACGACAUCACCUCGUUCCAAGCUGGGCAAAAGAUCUUGGAGCGCCAACGCUACGCCUUCCCCGAUGGCUGGCUGUACACUGACAGCAUUGCAAGUGAAUGGGAGGCCUUCAAUGAUCUGGUCAGCAAAAAGUCUUUGAGCCUUGAAGCGCAACGUGACACCGUCCAGCUGAAGGUAGUCAACGAGGCCCGCCAGCUUGUAUCUCGCGUCAACACGUUGCUGCAGGAUUGGGACGUUAACAAGCCAGUUGGUGGUGGGGUACGCCCUGAUGCUGCCGUCAACGCCCUUUCCAUCUAUGAAAGCCGGUUCGUCAAGGUGAAGGAGGAGCAAGACAACCUCGAACGCGCCCACUUUGCGCUUGACAUGGACUUUCGCAAAGAUCAGCGCGUUGAUGAAAAGGUGGAGGAGCUCAAUGAUCUCAAGGCUUCGUGGUCUGAGCUCUCGCGCAUCUGGACACACAUUAACGACCUCAAGCAAAUUCCCUGGUCGGCCGUGGUGCCGCGCAAGAUCCGAACCGCACUCGAGGACCUCAUCAACCAGCUCAAAAACCUGCCAGCCCGCGUGCGCUCAUACGCUUCGUACGAAACGACCAUGGCCAGCGUGAAGGGUUAUCUCAAGGGCAACCAGCACAUCAUCAACCUCAAGUCCGACGCGCUCAAGGAGCGUCAUUGGAAGCAGCUGAUCCGCGCCCUUGGUGUUUCGUGGGUCUUGACGGACAUGACGCUGGGCGACGUGUGGGAUGUGGACAUGGGUCGCAACGAUAAGGCGCUGAAGGACAUCAUGCUACAAGCACAGGGCGAGAUGGGUCUAGAGGAGUACUUGCGCCAGAUUCGCGAGGAGUGGGCAGUCCACGAGUUUGACUUGGUCGGCUACCAGAACAAGACUCACCUCAUUCGUGGUUGGGACGACAUCUUCAACCUGCUCAAGGAGCACAUCAACUCCCUAGAGGCCAUGCGUAUGUCGCCAUACUUCAAGGUCUUUGAAGAAGAAUCAAUGAGCUGGCACGACAAACUGAGCCGGCUUUUCGCGCUGCUGGACGUUUGGAUGGACGUCCAGCGCCAGUGGGUCUAUUUGGAGGGCAUUUUCUCCGGCAGUGCAGACAUCAAACACCUCCUCCCCAAUGAAAGCAGUCGUUUCCAAACUAUCAGUGCCGAGUUUCUGUCUCUUAUGAAGAAGGUGUACAAUUCGCGUUUGGCCAUUGAGGUCCUGAGCAUUCCUGAAGGACAAAAGUCACUGGAGCGCCUUGCAGACUUGCUGGGCAAAAUUCAGAAGGCUUUGGGUGAGUAUUUGGAACGUGAGCGCUCCGCCUUCCCUCGAUUUUACUUCGUGGGAGACGAGGAUUUGCUAGAGAUUAUCGGUAACAGCAAGAACGUGGACCGCCUCCAGAAACAUUUUAAGAAGAUGUUUGCAGGUGUACAGACAAUCACCCUUACGAAUGCUCACGACAAUGUGCUUGGAGUCGCGUCCAAGGAGUUGGAGCGCGUGCCCUUUGCUACCCCCGUUGUGUGCAAGGAUGUCAAGAUCAACCAGUGGCUCAAGGGUUUGGAGCAAGCCAUCCGCUUGGCCCUCGCUACAAAUUUGGCCGAGGCCACUGUGGCCGUGCAAAAGCUUAUGGCUGAAGGCUUUGAGAUUGAGUCCUACAAGACUUGGCUCAAUGCCUACCAGGCUCAGUUGGUCGUACUUGCGGCCCAGGUGGCCUGGUCGGAAAGCGUCGAAGCCGCCCUCGAGGCCGGAACGUCGCUGGACAGCGUUGUGGAGCAGGUCAUGCAAGUUCUCUCCGGGCUGGCCGACACCGUGCUGCAGUAUCAGCCUCCGGUUUUGCGGAAGAAGCUGGAGCACAUGAUUACCGAGCUGGUACACCAGCGUGAUGUGGUGCGCGAACUCAUUGGCAAUAAUGUGGCCCAGGCCACCGACUUUCAUUGGCUGCAGUACAUGCGUUUCUACUUCAACCCCAAGCAGGAGGAUGUCAUGUUGCAGCUGAGCAUUCGCAUGGCGGACACACAAAACCACUAUGGCUUUGAGUACUUGGGUCUCGUGGAUAAGCUUGUUCAAACACCAUUGACCGACCGGUGCUUCCUCACUCUGACCCAAGCCUUGGCCAUGCGUCAGGGUGGUAGCCCCUUUGGCCCUGCCGGAACGGGCAAGACAGAGUCAGUCAAGGCCCUCGGAGCCCAACUGGGCCGCUUCGUGCUUGUCUUCAACUGCGAUGAAACCUUUGAUUUCCAGGCCAUGAGCCGCAUCUUCAUUGGCCUCUGCCAGGUGGGUGCGUGGGGCUGCUUCGACGAGUUCAAUCGCCUCGAGGAGCGCAUGCUGUCCGCAGUCUCCCAACAGAUCCAAGUCAUCCAACUGGCGCUCAAGGCAGCCCAGCCGGGUCAAGAGACUCGAGCCGAGCUGUUGGGCAAGAGCAUCCCCGUGAGCUCAGACAUGGCUGUCUUCAUCACCAUGAACCCUGGCUAUGCUGGUCGCUCCAACCUUCCGGACAAUCUCAAGAAGCUCUUUCGGCCGCUUGCCAUGACCAAGCCCGACCGUCAGCUCAUUGCUCAGGUCAUGCUCUUUUCUCAGGGCUUCCGUUCAGCCGAGCCCUUGAGUCGGAAAAUUGUGCCCCUUUUCAUCCUGUGCGCCGAGCAGCUGUCCGACCAAUCCCACUACGAUUUCGGUCUUCGAUCCCUCAAGGCUGUUCUCGUGAGCGCUGGUAACAUCAAGCGCGAUCGUCUCAAAGCCCUUCGUGAUGCUGCUGAAGCCGCUGGUCGUUCCGUCGAUGACGACCUUUCUGCCCAGAUUGAUGAGCAGGAGGUGCUGAUUCAAUCGGUUACGCAGACCUUGGUGCCCAAGCUAGUGGCGGAUGACAUCCCCCUCCUUGAAAGUCUGCUUGCCGACGUCUUCCCGGGCGUCAAGCCGCCCGAGCUGCCCCUGGACGAGCUCAAGGCGGAGAUUCGUCAACUUUGUGAGGAGCGUCACUACGUUCUCAACGACUUGUUCCUGACCAAGAUGCUUCAGGUGUAUCAAGUCUCUUGUCUCCAGCACGGUCUCAUGCUGGUUGGCCCGAGCGGCAGCGGCAAGUCGGCUGCUUGGCGCAUCCUUCUCGAGGCUCUCGAGCGCGUCAGCGAAAAAACGGCGGCCCGCACUGGCGAAAACAAGGUACCCUCGGAGUUUCACGUCAUUGACCCCAAAGCCAUCACCAAGGAUGAGCUCUAUGGUUCACUAGAUCCGACCACGCGUGAAUGGACCGAUGGCCUUUUCACGCACACCAUUCGCAAGAUUGUCGACAACCAACGUGGUGAGCAGGACAAGCGCCAGUGGGUUAUCUUUGAUGGUGACGUCGAUCCCGAAUGGGUUGAAAACCUAAACUCAGUUCUCGACGACAACAAGCUACUGACAUUGCCCAACGGCGAGCGCUUGAGCCUGCCUCCCUGCAUCCGCAUCGUCUUUGAGGUCAAGGACCUGCGCCACGCCACCUUGGCCACAGUAUCACGGUGCGGCAUGGUCUGGUUUUCGGAGGAUGUUUUGUCCGUCAACAUGUACUUUGAUCGUUAUUUGCGGCAGCUGCGUAAGGAGGUGCUGCACAGUGAUAGUGCCGACCAGGAACUGACGCCCGACGAGAUGUUGACCAUUCAAAACCUCGUUGCGGACGCCAUCGCCCCUGCCCUUGCAGAAGGCGGUCUCGUGGAGCAAGCCAUCCACUGGGCCCGGGACCUCUUCCAUGUCAUGGAAUACUCGACCAUGCGUGCGGUCAACUCGUUCCUGUGCAUGCUCAACAGCAUUGUGCGUUUUGUGUGCCAGUACAACCGGCGCCACGAUCUGCCCGUGACCGAGGCGCAGGUGGUCAUCUAUGCGCGCAAGCGACUCAUUUUCUCCCUUCUUUGGGCUCUUGUGGGCGACAGUCGUGGCACGGUGCGCAACGACUUUAGCGCUUGGCUGCGCGAACACGGAGCUGACUUUGUCGAGAUGCCUGGUGGGGCUGAGAAUGUCAUGGAUUUCGAUGUUAAGCUGCCCAACGGCGACUGGAGCCCCUGGCAGAACCAAGUCCCGCGCAUCGAUAUCAAAGGCAAGGUCUCCGGCACAGAUGUGGUUGUGCCUACGCUCGACACGGUGCGCCACACGGACGUCCUUUACACGUGGCUGAGUGAUCACCUGCCCAUUGUUCUCUGCGGUCCCCCUGGCUCGGGCAAGACCAUGACGCUUUUCAGCGCUCUGCGGGCGCUUCCGCACUUUGAUGUUGCGGGCCUCAACUUUAGUAGCAGCACGACUCCGGACCUGAUUCUCAAGACUUUUGAGCAGUACUGCGACUAUCGCCGCACGCCGAAUGGCGUGACGCUGGCGCCCUCACAACUGAACAAGUGGUUGGUUGUCUUUAUGGAUGAGUGCAACCUGCCAGCGCCCGAUGAUUACGCGACGGUUCGCGUUGUGACCUUUGUGCGACAACUCGUUGAGCAAGGUGGCUUUUGGCGUACCGAGGACCACACUUGGGUCCGCUUGCAGCGCAUCCAAUUCGUGGGUGCCUGCAACCCGCCAACGGACCCGGGUCGAGUGCCGAUGGACUCGCGUCUGCUGCGGCACGUGCCUGUCGUUUAUGUCGAUUAUCCAGGACCCGAGUCUUUGCGUCAAAUCUACGGCACCUUUAACCGUGCCAUGCUGGAUCUACAGCCCCAUCUCAAGCCGCAUGCCGACUCGCUGACCAACGCCAUGGUUGAGUUUUUCACCAUGACCUCCCAGCGCUUCACCGCUGACAUGCAGCCCCACUACAUCUACUCGCCUCGCGAGAUGACGCGCUGGGUCAAAGGCAUUGCAGAGGCCAUUGAACCUCUGGAUACGAUUGAUCUGGACGGGCUGGUGCGGCUCUGGGCUCACGAAGCUCUGCGCCUGUUUCAAGAUCGCCUUGUUUAUGCGGAUGAGCGUCAAUGGACGGAUGAGAACAUUGAUGCCGUGGCUCGCAAACACUUUGGUCCCGGGGGCGCAGACAUGACCGCUGCUCUGCAGCGCCCCAUCCUCUACAGCAACUGGCUCUCCCGCUUGUACAUGCCGGUGGAGCAGGAGCGUCUUCGUGAGCACGUGCGGGCGCGCCUCAAGGUUUAUUGUGAGGAAGAACUGGAUGUCAAGCUCGUUCUCUUCGAUGAAGUUCUGGAUCACGUUUUGCGAAUCGACCGUGUCUUCCGCCAGAAUCAGGGCCACAUUUUAAUGAUUGGCAUGUCUGGGGCAGGCAAGACAACGCUCUCGCGUUUUGUAGCCUGGAUGAAUGGUCUGACUGUGUUCCAGGUCAAGGUCCACAACCAGUACGGUGCGGAUGAGUUUGACGAAGACCUGCGCAAUGUCCUGCGUAGAGCUGGUACCAAGGGCGAGAAAAUCGUCUUCAUUAUGGACGAAGGAAAUGUACAGGACACGGCCUUCUUGGAGCGCAUGAACACGCUUUUGGCAAAUGGCGAAGUGCCUGGCCUGUUUGAGGGCGAUGAUUACGCCGCCCUCAUGAACCAGUGCAAGGAGGGUGCCCAGCGCCAGGGGUUGGUGUUAGAGGGCAACGAGGAACUCUACCGCUGGUUUUCGCGCCAGGUUAUGGAUAACCUACAUGUGGUGUUUACCAUGAACCCAGCUGAAGGGGGUCUGCAGGACCGAGCGGCGACGUCGCCUGCGCUGUUCAAUCGCUGCGUUCUCAACUGGUAUGGCGACUGGUCGGACGAGGCCCGCUUCCAGGUCGGCCUCGAGUUUACAGAUGUGUUGGAUCUGGACCGUCCUGACUACGCGGCACCCGCCAACUUUCCGGUGGCCGUUCCCAGCCGCGUGACACAGUACCCGGAUCAUCGCACGGCCGUGGUCAAUGCGACGGCAUACGUUCAUCAAGCCGCGUCCGCCGCAGCCCGUCGGCUCAUGAAGCGUGAGGGGCGAAGUACCGUCAUCACACCGCGCCACUUUUUGGAAUUUGUAAAUCAAAUGCUGGCCAUCUAUACCAUGAAGCGGCGUGAGCUGGAGGAGCAGCAACUUCACUUGAACCGGGGCCUGGAAAAGAUUCAGGCGACCUUUGAGGCUGUGGAGGAGGAACAACAAAAAAUGGCCGUGGAGGAAGCCAAGCUGCGCGAGAUGAACGCGCGUGCAAAUGAGAAGAUGGUGGAGGUCAUGUCUUCCAAGGAGGAGACUCAGACCAAGCAGCGCGAGGCAGAAUCCCUUGAGCGCGAGCUGGUGCAAAAGCAGAAGGAGGUUGCUGAGCGCAAGAGCGAAGUUGCAACAGAGCUUGCCGGAGUCGAACCCGCCGUGCUUGCAGCCAAGGAGGCGGUCGAAGGCAUCCCGCCAAGCGCGCUUCGCGAGCUCAAGGCCUUGGGCAAUCCUCCGGCAACGGUCAAGAUGGCCCUCGAAGCAGCCCUCUGCAUGCUCAACGAAUUCACCACCGACUGGAAGGCCAUCCGGUCCGUCGUGUCCCGGCCUGACUUUUUGCCACGCAUCAAGGAUUUUGACCCCGACUCGGUGGACGGCUCAAUCCGCGCGCAGAUGGAAAAGUACGUCUCAAACCCCGACUUCAAUGAGGAGCGCGCAAACAAGGCUUCCAAGGCAGCUGGACCCCUCGUCAAGUGGGCCACGGCCAUGCUUUCCUACACAACCAUGCUGGCCAAAAUUGAACCGUUGCGCAACCAGUUGAAAAAGCUGGCACGUGACGCUGAUGAGAUGGCGGCCAAGCAUGCGGCCGUAAUGGCACUUCUCCAAGAACUGCAGGGCCGACUUGCGGGUCUCACGAGCGAAUACAACGAGUUGCAGAAGAAUAUCGGCAAGACAGAGGACCAGCUCAACACGACUCGGCUCAAGGUGCAGCGUAGCGUGCAGCUACUGGAGUCACUCAAGGACGAGCGGGAGCGCUGGUCCCUGGGUACGGCCGAAUUUUCGGCCCAGCUCAGCACCAUGGUUGGCGAUGCCCUUUUGGCCGGUGCCUUUAUCGGUUAUGCCGGCUAUUUUGACCAGACCUACCGUCAGACGUUGAUGCGCACGUGGCGUCGUCAGCUGGAUCGCUCAGGCAUCGUGUUCAAGCGCGAGCUUAGCAUCACGGAAUAUCUCAGCACCCCCGACGAGCGACUGGAAUGGAAGGCCAAUGGCCUCCCCGAUGACGACUUGUGCGUGGAGAAUGCCAUCAUGCUCAAGUACACGCAUCGCUUUGCUCUUGUGAUCGACCCUGCCGGCCAAGCUUUGGACUUUGUGCGCAAGUCGGGUGGUGACACCAAUUCGACGCAGACGAGCUUUCUGGAUCGCUCCUUCCGCAAGACCUUGGAAACAUCGCUGCGUUUUGGCACGCGUUUGCUGGUGCAGGACGCGGAGACUUACGACCCCUUGCUCAACCCGGUGUUGAACAAAGAAGUGAAGCGCAGCGGCGGGCGUGUCCUGUUGCAGUUGGGCCAAGAUGAUGGCAUUGACUUGUCACCGAGCUUUGCCAUGGUUUUGCUGACGCGCAACAAUGCCCACCAGUUCCCGCCAGAUCUGUGCAGUCGCGUGACCAUGGUCAAUUUUACCAUUACCCGCGGCUCGUUGCAGUCGCAGUGCCUGAACCAGGCCCUUCGGUGCGAGCGCCCGGACAUUGACGAGCGCCGCAUGAAGCAGCUCAAGCUGCAGGGUGCUUUCCGAGCCCAGCUGCGCUCGCUCGAGAAACAAUUGCUGCAAACCCUCAACGAGGUGGGCACUAGCAUCUUGGAUGAUGACAAGGUCCUUACUGCGUUGGAGACGCUCAAGACGCAGGCCGCUGAAGUGGCAGAAGAGGUCGCCAAAAGCGACACAGAGAUGCAGGUCAUCGCAAGUGUAACCAAGGAGUACGUACCGCUGGCGGCCAAGUGCAGUCACAUUUAUUUUACGCUCGAACAGCUACAUGUCGUCCACUUUUUGUACCACUAUGCCCUGCAGUUCUUCUUGGACAUUUUUAGCGUCGUGCUGACGCAAAACGCCCAUUUGGAUGGUGUCGACGACUCACACCAGCGCCUUGACAUCAUUGUCAAGGACCUCUUUGUGGAGACUUUCCGCCGCGUGUCGCCGGGCCUGCUUCACGAACAUGGCAUGCCUUUUGCAUUGACGCUGGCAUUCUUCUAUGUGCAAGACAGCCCCCGUGCCAUUGCUGAUGCUGAGUUCCACCACUUUUUGACCGGAGGCAAGGGCGGCAGCGUGGCUGCAUUUGCCGGUCUGGCCGACGUCGUGCGAGCCCACUGUGAUGCUUUCGCAGCCUGGGUGAUCUCUUCGCAGCCGGAGAGCCACCUGCCCGAGGCGCUGGAAGAAGUUAUUACCAGCGAUGAGCCCUCGCCUGUGGCGGCUGCCAUGCGCCGUCUGCUACUCCUGCAAGCCACGCGCCCGGACCGUGUCUUGGCUUACAGUCACCAGCUUGUGAAUUUGGUUUUUGGCGCUGAGUUUAUGUCACAGCCCGAUGCUGACCUUCUGGAACAAGCCGUUCUGAAGGAGGUGGAAGCCUUGACCCCAGUUAUGUUGUGUGGCGCGCGCGGUUUCGAUGCGAGCGGGAACGUCCGCCAGCUGGCCGAGGGCCACAAUCGCAAAUUGCUUGAGGUUGCCAUUGGGUCGGAAGAAGGCUUUGUGGAUGCCGAUCGUGCCAUUCAAGAUGCAGCCAAGACAGGCAAAUGGGUCAUGCUGAAGAACGUUCACCUUGGCCCGUCAUGGUUGGUGACCUUGGAGAAGAAGGUGAGCGGAGCUGCGCCAAACCCCAACUUCCGUAUCUUCUUGACGACCGAGAUCAACCCCAAGCUUCCUGUAAACUUGUUGCGCUCUGCGCGAGUGUUCGUGUAUGAGCCAGCGUCAGGCUUGAAGGCCUCGCUCUUGCGCACGUUGCAGUCCGUGGCCCCAGCGGAUAUGGCGCGGGAGCCUGUCGAGCGCUCGCGCGUGCAUUUGCUGUUGGCUUGGCUUCAUGCUGUGGUGGUCGAGCGCCUGCGCUAUGCUCCUUUGUGCUGGUCUCAGCGCUACGAAUUUGGUGAUUCCGACUUUCAAACGGCCAUGAAAACAGUUGAUUGCUGGAUCGAUUUGUUGGCCCAAGGCCGAUCACAUGUGGAUCCCGCAAAGAUUCCUUGGGAGGCCAUGCGCAAGCUCAUGUCAUCCUCCAUUUACGGUGGGCGCAUUGACAAUGACACGGAUCAACGACUCCUCAUGAGUUUCAUUUCCCAAGUAUUCCGUCCCGAAAGCGGAACAGAGGCCAUUCUGACGCCCGAAGGGUUUCAUCGCGAGCAAUUUUUGGCAUGGGCUGCUAGCUUGCCAGAUUCGCAGAGCCCCAGCUGGCUGGGGCUGCCCUCGAAUGCUGAAAUCGUGCUGUUGACCAACCGCGCUGCCGCCAUGGCAGGCAACUGCCAAAUGUUACAAACGACGGACGAUGGUGAUGACGAGGAAGAAGAAGUUAUCGAGUCGGCAGCCAGCAGCGCCGCCCCGGCGUGGAUGAAGACAGUUCAACACAACUGCGAGCAAUGGCAACAAGCGCUGCCACUGGAUCUCAAGAUGCUUGAGCGUACGCCUGAAAAGAUCAAGGACCCGCUCUUCCGCUUUUUUGAUCGCGAAACAGGUAUCGGCAGCAAGCUAUUGCACGCCGUGCACGCCGACUUGGCAGAUGUUAUUGCCGCUUGCAAGGGUGAGAUCAAGCAAACCAACCACAUCCGCAGCCUCAUGGUGGAUAGCUUUAACAAGGGUCUAGUCCCGGCCUCGUGGCGCAAGUACAAAGUGCCCAAGGACCUUGCGGUGUCGGCGUGGGUGGUGGACUUUGCAGAGCGUGUCGCUCAACUUGAGAGCAUUGCCGGGGUGGCUAACACUGGCGGUGAUCUGCAAAGCCUAACCGUCUGGAUUGGUGGUCUUUUCGUGCCUGAAGCUUUCAUCACGGCCACUCGCCAAGCCGUGGCACAGGCUCAUGGAUGGGCACUCGAGAAGCUCAAUUUGUCUCUCGACGUGCGGGAGGGUCUUGAAGACAAGCCCGCGCGGAGUGACCAAAACUUUUUGCUCACGAAUAUGCGCUUGGACGGCGCGCGCGCGCGUGGAGAGCGUCUCGAGCUGGUGCGCGAGCCAUUCACGAUUUUACCCUUGACUGUUCUGCGCUGGGAGUACCAGGAGGGUGAGGAUGAGGGUUCACAGAGCAGCGGCGUGCGUCUGCCGGUCUAUCUCAACGGCACACGCGCCGAGCUCAUCUUUACUUGUGAUAUGCAGCCACCUGAGGGUGUGGGGGCCAGUACGAUUUAUGCACGUGGCAUUGCGUUGAUGUGUUCGUCGUUGAGUGGAGUCGUAUGA